AUGGAGUCAUCAAAAAAACAUUUUCAACCAUCCACCUCUUUUUUCCUUACGGUUCUUCUCUCAUUCUUCAACUUUCAGGGUUUUAACUUGCUUAGUUUAGCAAAAGCAAGCCCUGUACUUAGAGGAAAUGACACUGAUCAACAAGCUUUACUCCAGUUCAAAGCCAAGAUUACUGGUGAUCAACUCAACAUUAUGGAUUCCUGGAAUAGUUCCAUUCACUUCUGUCAAUGGAUCGGUGUUACAUGCGGUCGCAAGCAUCCAAGAGUCACCAAGCUGAAACUUCGAAUCCUCAAACUCUCUGGAUCAUUGUCACCCUACAUUGGAAAUCUGAGCUUCCUCAGGGAGUUGGAUCUUGUGGGCAACAGCUUCUACAACCAAAUUCCUCAAGAAAUCAGUGGCUUAAGAAGACUGGAAGCAUUACAUCUGGCCAAUAACUCCAUCAGCGGUGAAAUUCCUUCCAAUUUAUCUGCUUGUUCUAAGCUUACUUUAGUCGAUAUGAGAGGCAAUCAGCUAAUAGGAGAAAUACCUGCUUCGUUGGGUCUCUUGUCAAACCUGAAAGUAUUGGGUUUUGUCCAGAACAGUUUGAGAGGGAGUAUCCCACCAUCGUUGGGGAACUUGUCAUCCUUAGAGGAUCUUCGGUUAACGUAUAAUGCAUUAAGUGGGAUUAUACCUGAAUCUUUUGGACGACUGAGAAAUCUUUCAGUUUUCGCCAUAUUCGGAAAUGCAAUUUCUGGUAUUGUUCCUGCAGCAUUGUUCAAUCUCUCCAAUAUUAGAGCCUUUGAUAUUGGUACAAACAAGAUUCAAGGUACUCUCCAUUCUGAUUUAGAAAUUAAUAUGCCUCAUGUUGAGUUCUUUUCUGUAGGGGAAAACCAAAUCUCUGGACAAAUUCCAAUUUCAAUAACCAAUGCCUCGAAUUUGAAUUUUCUUGAUUUUGAUAAUAACAUGCUCGAUGGAAAUGUACCUUCAUUACAAAAGUUGGAUAAUUUGUUUGACCUUGAACUAGGAAUAAACCAUUUCGGGCAUGGGAGAAAAGAUAUUAACAAUAUUCAAGGCAACAUUCCUUCGAAUCUAGGUAAGUGCCAAAAUUUGCUUUUAUUGGGUCUUUCUCAUAAUAAUCUUAGUGGAACAAUACCCCCCGAAAUACUAGGCCUAUCUUCAUUGUCCAUUGUACUAAGCUUAUCGUCAAACUCUUUGACUGGUGAGCUUCCUGUUGAAGUAGAAAAACUGAAAAAUUUAGGCCUACUGGAUGUUUCUCACAACAGGUUAUCUGGUUUGCUUCCAAACAACCUUGGUAGUUGUGUAAGUCUGGUGGAGCUGUAUUUGGAGGGCAAUUUAUUUGAAGGACCCAUUCCUCCAUCUUUGAGUUCAUUGAGGGGUCUUGGGGCAUUGGAUGUAUCAAACAAUAAUCUUUCAGGUGGGAUUCCAGAAUUUCUUGUGAGGUUUGGGGCAUUGAAGUAUUUAAAUCUCUCUUUCAACAAUUUUGAAGGAGUUAUACCAAGUGAAGGAGUGUUCAAGAAUACAAGUGCCAUAUUUGUUGAGGGAAAUAAUAAGCUUUGUGGAGGCAUCCUUGAAUUACACUUGUCAAGAUGUAACUCCAAAACAUCAUCAAAAGCUUCUGUUAAAUUGAAAAUUGCAAUUAUUGUUGUGAUUUUAGGAGUGAUUUUGGUUUUCACUUGUCUCCUCAUCUUGUGGUUUAGAAAGAAGAAAGAAGAGAAAACAACAACAACUUGUGCAGAACAUUCACUUUUACAAUUAUCAUACCAAAGCAUCCUAAGGGCAACUAACGGAUUCUGCAUGGAGAAUUUGGUUGGUUCUGGAAGUUUUGGUUCUGUAUACAAAGGAAUUCUUGAAGAGAGUGGAGUAGCUAUUGCAGUGAAGGUGCUUAAUCUUCUAAAUCAAAGAGCUUCCAAGAGUUUCUUCACUGAAUGUGAGGCCUUGAAGAACAUUCGACAUCGAAAUCUUGUCAAGGUAUUAACAGCCAUUUCAGGUGUCGAUUACCAAGGCAAUGAUUUUAAAGCCUUGGUUUAUGAGUUUAUGGAAAAUGGAAGCUUGGAGGACUGGUUGCAUCCAUAUGUAAGCAUGAAUGAAUCGGAGAUGACAAGAAACCUGAACUUCUUCCAAAGAGUUAAUAUGGCCAUAGAUGUUGCUCAUGCACUACAAUAUUUGCACCAUCAUUGUGAAACAUCGAUCAUUCAUUGUGACCUGAAGCCAAGCAAUAUUCUGCUUGAUGGGGAAAUGGUUGGACAUAUAGGUGACUUUGGCUUAGCAAAAAUCCAUUCUGCAGACAGGCUGAACUAUUCUUCCAAUCACUCAAGUUCCCUCGGAUUAAGAGGAACUAUUGGCUAUGCUCCACCAGAGUAUGGCAUGGGAAGCGAGUUGUCAACGAAAGGUGAUGUGUAUAGCUAUGGCAUCCUCUUGUUAGAGAUGUUUACAGGGAAAAGGCCUACUGAUGAAAGAUUCAAAGAAGGUUUAAGUCUUCACAAACAUGUUAGGGCAGCUCUACCCAAUCGAGUGAUUGAGAUUAUAGAUCCUAUUCUUCUUCAAGAGAGUGUCAGAGGAGGAACAAUCAUAGACAUAACUCUCAAUGAAAACCGCUUGGGAAAUGACAGACAUCUUCAGUGCUUGAAUCUGAUAUUUGAAAUAGGACUUACUUGUUCUGCUCAAUCACCGAGUGAACGGAUGGACAUGAGUGAUAUUGUUACCAAGCUUUGUUCUAUUAGAGAUAAGCUUCUUCGUCCAACUCGAGCACAUUGUGAGAUUCAAACUUCAUAAGCAACUCAAUUAGUAGGUAUCUAAGGUGUCUUAUGGAUGAAUUGAUCGGCUCUGGUCCAAGAAACUGCUUGUUGUUCUCUUUUAUUCACAUUUUGCUUUGAGAAAAGAAUAUUGUUAUGGAAUUUGUCCAAAUUUCCAUGGAUAAUUUGUAUUAAUAUUUACUUUUCGUCAGUGCAUUAUAAGCUACUUUAUUUUCAUCAGAUCAGAUUUUAAAUAACAAUGCUGGAUUUUGACUCUAUAUCUUCUUGCAUCGUUAAUGCUAUUGAAAUUGAUAA